UGCCGCUGCUGCUGCUGCUGCUGGCGGUGUUGACGUCGGUGAGCUUCAAGUGCGGUUUCUCGUCUUCUCGUCAGGGUGAAUCAGCGAGGAGGCGAGCAUGGAAGAGGAGGGGGAUAUCUACCCGGAGAUGAGGCAUUUUCCUCUGCCGUGGCCUCUCCCCAGGCUCCGCUCGCACAGUGACACCUCCGGAUUCCGCUCAAGAGUGCUGCUCAGGCUCCGGGGAGCCCGCUCAGUUGAUGGGUUGGAGAAGUCAUCAUCAUUGGCCAGCUGUGACGUGGUGGUGGACAGCGCCACCAAUACCCAGAAUGCCGCUGCGUCACGGCAGCAGCGAGGCAAACUGUCAUCACUAGGAAAACUUUUCAAACCCUGGAAGUGGAGGAAGAAAAAGACCAGUGACAAGUUCCAGGAUCUUUCCAAAGUUUUAGAAAGAAAAAUUUCCACCAGGCAAACGAGGGAGGAGCUGAUCAAGAAAGGAGUUCUCAUCCCUGACCAAGAUGAACCGAUCAGCAGUGAAAAUCUCAACGGCCAUGCCACAUCCAGUGUGAGAUCGGAGGAGGUCAAAGUUGACAUUGAGUUUCCAGAGACGCUGCUGGAGGAACAGGCCACCGGGCCCAUCAGCACUGAGGACAAAACAGAGAGGUGUAAUGCUAAACCCCUCACCCGGGCAAACCAGGUGCGACCUCGAGACAUGCAAGCUAAAAGACAGCAAAGUGCCACUCCGCCUGCCUCUUCCAAACCUGCGGGUGGCACUGCAGCCACAACCAGGCUCAGAGAGGGGACUAAAAAGACAGCUAAAACCGCUGGCAAGACAGCCUCGUCCACUCUGGCUAAGGCUAACCCGCGGAGCGCUAACAACGCUAGUCGCGGGAUCGCCAAAUCCUCCCAUCCAAAGAAGACAGGAGGCAUAACAAAAACUACCCCUGCCUCCACCUCCACCCCUCGUUCUCGCGCACCUAAGGACGCAAGUGCUGCGGCACAGACUGAUGGGACAGAUGCAAGGACCAACCGGAAAUCAGACACUCCAGUCUCUUCCUCUGUACCUCAAAAGGCCUCCGCAGAGACUCCUAGCCAGCCUGGGGGGUUCAAAUCUUUACCCCUUUCCUCAGACACCAAGUCUGCCUCAUCUAAAGCCUCAGGCAGUGAGACAGAGGGAACUCAGGCUGCUUCUCAAUCUGCUUUCAAUGCCUCCUCUGAGGAUGAGGAAACCCGCAAAGGUAUGGCUCCUGAACCCACAGUCCAGUCUCCCCAUGUCAGCGCUGCUACAGAGGACACUUCCUUCACAGAGGGAGAGACAGACAGCAGCCCACAUGGGGGGAAACAGGGGAAGGAAAGGGAAGGAGGAGAGGAUGAAAAGAAGAAAGAAGAAACAGAUUUUGCUGUGAACGGCCCAAGGUCAGCAGAAGGCCAAGCUCAAAAGCCACAGGGCCUGAGUGUGAAAACAGAGCAGGCCAAAGUGACAGUGAUCCCUGAUAGGCCGAGAGACGGCCAGACUAGUGACUCUGACUCUGACGGCCCAAUCCUGUACAAGGACGAGGAGGAAGAAGAGGAGGAGGAAGACGAGUACACAAAUAGCUCUCUGGCCAGCAAGAUCCGCCGACGAGACACCCUUAACAUCAAGCUUGGGAACCGACCCAGCAAGAAAGAGCUGGAGGAGAAAAACAUUCUGCCACGCAGCUCCGAGACAGAGAGACACGAGCUGCGACAGCAGAUAGGCUGCAAACUAGUCAGGCGUCUGAGCCAAAGACCCACGACAGAGGAGCUGGAGCAGAGAAACAUCCUCAAGCAAAAGAAUGAGGCAGAGGAGCAAGAAGCCAAGCAAGAGAUUAAAAGGAGACUCUCCAGAAAGUUGAGCGUGAGGCCUACAGUGGCAGAGCUCGUUGCUCGCAGGAUCCUGCGUUUCAAUGAGUAUGUGGAAGUAACGGACGCCAAGGAUUAUGACCGGCGGGCGGACAAACCCUGGACACGGCUUACUCCCGCUGACAAGGCUGCUAUCCGUAAGGAGCUGAAUGAGUUUAAGAGCCGUGAGAUGGAGGUUCAUGAAGACAGCAAACAGUUCACCAGGUUCCAUCGACCCUAAGCGCUCUCGCUGCCCCCUGGACGUCAGCAUCACAAGCUCUCUGGUCCACAGCUCCCAGCAGUCUCCCGGCCCUCCAGACCCCUCAGUCCACUUUGCUUUGGGAUCCUCUUGCCCCUGAUGUAUUUAUGUGUAUAGUGACAGCUUACAGGUGUGUCUUAAGGCCUUGGCCAUCCAUGGGCAUCAGUGAAACACUUCACACAUAUCCGUUGUCAGAACAGUGGUGUGUGUGUACAGCACUCUGAUUAGAACCGUUUGUUCAUUGUAGAAGGCCGGACCCUGCUGGUAUAUGAUGGGGGGUUUGUUUUUUUUUUUUUUUUUGGUUCACUUCAGGCCUUGUAAUGAGAGGUUCUGGGGAGGAAGACGGGCAAAAUGACCCUCAUAGUAAUGAAUGUGGCCCAAGUGUACUAUACACCUUGUGUACAUGCCUUGGUAUGCCUUGUCGUAAACUGCUAAAUGACCAUAUAUGGGCAUCAUCCCAAAACAGGAAAUGGGAGGGAUUGGAUGGCAGUGUGCUGAUGUCAGGGCCUGUGUCAUAGAUCAGAGGGGAGGUGAGGUAAGUGGUUCUGCUCAGAUGUGCCUCUCCGAGUUGAAUCUGAAAUACUGCAGUUCAUUUUUAGACAUAUUUAAAGUGUAUUGCCACUAGAGGGCAAUAUAUCAUCAAUUAUCAAGAGUUAUGGCCUGGAAGGAUGAAGAUGUGUAUGCAGAGGAAGAAUAAAGUGCAAGUAUUAUAUUUAUAACUGCUGAAGCUGAGGGAGCGGUGGGUACCCGAUGCAUCACGAGCAAUGGAAAUGACUCCCAAUUCACGCCAAAUCUAACCCUUCAGCACUCUUCCUGAUGAUACAUGAUCAUAUAUCCUGUGUUGAGUUAUUAAGUACAGGCGCCUGAUCACAAAGUGCUGGUCUUGCUGUUUAGAGGAUCUACUUUUCAUGCUUUGUCUUAAUUUUUUUCAAUUAAGGCUUUUGGCCGGAGCUCUCAGUCAGAGUGACUUGGUGCCAAAGAAAGAGCAGGAAUUUGAUUGCACAAUGGUCUUCUUAUUUGAAGGUUUACUGGUUUGAUUUUGUUGGGUGGACUUCAUAUAAAGGUUUUACAAAUAUAGAGCAGUCACUGAUUUCAACCGUGAGCCAAUCAACUGGCCUCUUGAAGGAAUGGAGAAGUACUUCACUUUCCAUUUCUUGAAACAUGCUUGUGCAAUUUAAUCUAUCAGCUGGUGAUAGUUAAGUAAGUGGCCUUUUUACACCUUGCCCUAACAUGCACCUUGAAUCCACCUGUAAUGGUCUGUUCUUAUCAACACAAAGCUGGAUUUCUCUUUAUACCGCAAAACUUUUGAAUUUUACCAUGAACCCGAGAAUGUAAAGGAACUGUCCAGUGUUUUGGGAAAUACUCUAAAGCUGAAAUGAUUAGUCAGUACAUUGAUUGGUGAACAACAGAAAAUGGACUGUUGGUUGGAUAAAAACGAGCAAUUGGAAUUGAAAUUGAAGUCAUCAGCUUGGGCUCUGAGAAAUUAUAAUUGGCAUUUUAACAAAGAAAAUACUUGUCAUGUUAAUUUAGAUCAAAACAAUCAUUAGUUGCUGCUCUAAGUGUUAGAGGAGAAGA